UGUCACAUGGUUCAGUGCUUAAUCCUGACCUUUUACGUUUAAAUGCGCAGAGGAUGUGCCAGGAGCCGCCUCCUAUGACAGAAGCUGUUGAAAAGCCGCAAGGCGAGUGGCAGAUCUCGGAGAAGGACAGAGAGGGAGAGACAGAUCUGCUCCUCUGUCUAGCCAAAGCCAGCAUUGAUGUCCGAGAAACUGCUCGCCCCGACUCUGAGGCGUCUUCUAACCUCCAGCUGAAGACGUUUGGCGAGCGAGGGCAGGCCGGGAAGUGGUUUGAAAUCUGGGAGUAGUUGCAGGUGUUGCCCGUCGUGUGCUAUGGGAUGGAUGAAGCAGAGCAAGAUAAGUAUGAGGCACGGCUGAAGGAGGUGUUUGACAGCUUUGAUACCAUUGGCUCUGGGUCACUGGGCCGUGAGGAGCUGACUGACCUCUGUCAUAUGCUGCAGUUACAAGAAGUAGCUCCAGUGCUGCUGCAGACUCUCCUUCAAGAAAAUCUCUCUGGCAGGGUAAGAGCACACUUUGUUUCUGGAGUGACGGCCAUCAUUAUUGUACAUUUUGAACAAUUUAAAGAGGCAUUGAUCUUUAUCUUGUCAACUACCAUUGAAGGGAAUUUCUCAGGGGAUGACGGUUAUCAAGAACUAGAUUCCACCGAAGUACAGCCAAAGUAUGUCAAGGAUGGAAAACGAUAUGGACGAAGAACAGCACCAGAAUUUCAGGAUUCACUGGAGGAAGUCACUGGCACAGCACCAAAGUCUGAUGGAAGGCAGCCUGAACACACACCUUCUGGGGAUGAUAUUGAGAAUUGGAAAACUUCCACUGAAGGGGAAGAAUAUGAAGCUGAAGGUCAGUUGGGAUUUUGGAACCCAGAUGAUUUGAAUACCUCUCAGAAUGUGUUUGGUGCUGACCCCAAAUGGAUUGAAGAACGACUUCAAGCAGUUUCUGAAGAGCUUGGAGUCACCAAAGACAGUUACCUGAGCAGCAAAGAGUUGAUUUCCAUAUGUGAUCAAUGUGGCCUUCAGAAUGUGGAUGCAGAGGUUCUGGAUGACAUAUUUCAAAAACUAGACCAAGAUGGAUUAAUGCGUCUUGAGGAUUUCCUUCACAGCAUUUUUAAAAAAUCAGCACCUUCUUCUGCUUCUACUCCUUAUAGGCAAUUAAAGAGGCAUCAUUCCUUACAGCCUUUUGAUGAAACCGGCCGUCGCACUGCUACCCCAUCUGCUAUGACCAGUACUAUUGGUCUUCGCCUGUUUUCGUGUUUGGAUGAUGGGACAGGAUAUACCUCCGCAGAUCAGAUCUUAGAUGCCUGGCAAAAUGAAGGAAUUGAAAAUGGCCUUGAAAUUCUAAAGACCUUGGAUUUUGCCCUGUAUGGGAAGGUCAAUCUGUCAGAAUUUACCCUGGCUCUAGAGAACGAGCUCCUGAUAACAAAGAAUGGAAUCCACCAAGCUGUUCUGGCCAGCUUCAAAAAUGAGAUUAGACAUUUAAUGGAACGUGUUGAUCAAGUUUUAAGAGAAAAAGAAAAACUUCGAACAGACUUAGAAAAAGCAGAGAAGUUGAAAAACCUAAUGGCUUCAGAGGUGGAUGACCGCCAUGCUGCUAUAGAACAUCUCAAUGAAUGCAAUCUCCGUAAGUUGGAGCAAGAAUACAAGAACCGUCUCGCUGCUCUGAAGACAGACCUAACCAAAGAAAAAGACCAGAUUUUUCAUCAGGCCAAUAAGCAAAGAAUAGAACUUGAGAAAGAGAUUGAAAAGGUGAAAGCAGAGGAAGGAUACCUCAGGGACCGCCUUGCACUAGCAUUAAAGGAAAACAAUCGGCUAGAGAAAGAGCUUUUAGAAAACUCGGAGAAGCUGUUUGAAUCUGAGAGAAUUGCAAAGAAGCUGCAAAACAAUCUGGACACUGUUUUAAAAGAGAAGUUUGGAGAUCUUGAUCCAACAAGUGCUGAGUUCUUCUUGCAUGAGGAAAGAUUUGCACGGAUGCGAAAAGAAUAUGAACACCAAUUUAGGGAGCUCCAGGAUCGAAUUGAUGAGCUCCAGUCUGAAUUACAAGCAUAUCAGACACAAGGGAAAAGUUUUAAACAGUUGCUAAGAAGUUCUUUGUCAGAGGAAAUGGAGAGCAAGAGUGAUAUGGGAGACUGUGAUCAAGCUUUUGGUCCUGAAGAAUGCAAUCCACUAAACAUGAGUUUGGAAGCAGAAAUGGCCAUUGAACAAAUUAAAGAACAACAUCAUCAGGCAGUUCAUAAUUUGAAGGCUGAAUUUGAAGCAAAGGUAAAUUAUUAUGAGGAAGAAAUGGAAGAAGCAAAAGUAAAGUAUGAAAUGGAGAAAGAGGGUGUUAACCAGGUGCACAACAAAGAGAUUUUGAAAAUGCAAGAGGAGGUUAAAGAACUCAAAAGCCAUAUUUCAUAUCUUCAAGGAGAAAUUGAGACCCUUAAAACGUUACAACAUUCAACAGAAUGUAAACAUAGAGACGAAAAGAAUGAAUUACUGGAUAGAUUUAAUGUAGAUAAAGCACAGCUAGAGAAGCAGUUAAAGCAGGAAAACGAAGAAACAAUCCGGAGCAAAAUGGAAGAAGCAAACCAAUCUCUCCAUAAAGAGAAGGAAGAUUUGUUAGAGAGGCUGAAUACCACUGAAGCGCAGAUGGAAGUUCAGAGAAGAGAACUGAAGGAAGCGUUUGUAAAGGAAAAAAUGGAGCUCGAGCAGGUCUACUCCAGACAAGUUUCUGAGAUUACAGAAAACCUUCAACAAGAGAAAGAAGAGUUGCAACGGAAUCUUCUACAUAAGAAGCAAAAUGAGUUGCUGCAGGAAAGGAAAAGUAUGGAAGAUGAAUUUAACCAGAAGAUUUCUGAGAUGGAAGCCCGGUUUGCAAAGGAGCAGCAAACAUUCAUAGUUAAGCUCAAAGCAGAAACGUGUGAACUUGAAGAAAAAUAUCAACAAGAACUCUUGGAUCUUGAAAAGCAGCUUUAUGAGGAGCAAGGUCAAUGGGAAUUUGAAAAAGAGGAGCUUUUACAGGAAAAUGAAGAAGAAAAAGAAAAACUUAAGGCAAUGCUGAUAAAAGAGAAGGCCCUAUUUUCUCAGACUUUAGCUGAGGAGAGAGACAGAUUAGAGAAAACCUACAAAGAUGAAUUAAAUAAAUUGGCUUUUAAACAUCAACAGCUUCAGAAGGAACUUGAAGAACUAAAAGCUGCUACCUCUGAGAAAGAAAGUAUUUUGACAAAUGAAAUUAUCAACUUAAGGAAGGAAUUACAAUUACAGAAGGAAGAAGAACAAUUAGUUAAGUCUGUGGGGAAGGUAGAUCAGUCCAUGGCGUUUUCUGAGAAGGUAGAAUCUGAGUGGAAGAAAACAAUACCGAAAUUGCAGAAAGUCGAAUUGGAAGAGAAGAGUGGGCUGGCUUACAAUCAAUUUAGGAUUUCACAGGAAGGAUCUGAAAACACAUGGAAAGAAUGUUGUUCUGAAAUCUCUGGUCUGCAAGAGAGAAACAUGGAAGAAAAUAUGGGCCCCUUUGAUGAAGAGCAGCAGGUCAAUAAUGAAAUGGAGGAAGAGAAAAAGAUGAAAAGAAGGAUUUCCCAGUCAGGGGAGAUACCUCAGCUGGAAGGAGAAGCAAAGCUUCAAUCAAAGGUAGCACAUGAGGAAAUUAGGAAGGAAAAUGCAGAGUUAAGAAUUGAAUUGUUGGAGCAAAAGGAAAGUACGGAGGAAUCAAAAGAUGAAGCACCAGCUAGCUUAAGCCAACAGGAAGUUAAUGAACUACUUAAGACACAAAAGGCAGAAGUAAUAACGGUAAACAUGGAACUUCAAGAAAAGGUUGAGAUACUACAGGGCAAGGUGACAGCUCUUUCACACUCAGAGGAUGUGUGUAAGCUUUCCGAGAAAGAAAUUAGAUUAGAAAACUCAGGUCUGAAAGAGAAAAUAAAGAAACUAGAAGAUAAAGCACUGGAUUUCUCAGACUUGCAGAAAACAAUUGAGUUGCUUCAAAAUGAAAAGAGUGAAAUGACAAGAAGAAAGCUAGAACUUCAAGAAAAAGUUGAACAAUUACAAGAUCGAGUAGAAGUUCUCACAAAGGGGCAAGAAGAGUCUGAGAAAGAGUUAGCAGAAGUAAGAUUGCAAAUUGUAUGUUUGCAAGACAGUAAAAUGGCAUUGGAAGAAAAAACUCUGGAGCUCUCAAACUUACAAAAAACUUUUGAAUGUUUUAAAAAGGAAAAAAUAGAAAUGGAGAAGGAAUGGGUAGAACUUAAAGAAAAAGCUGAACUGUUACAGGACAAAGUAAAGGCUCUUACAGAUUUAGAAGGAGCACAUGAAGAGUCCAAGAAAGAAGUACUAAGAUUAAAGGCUCUGAACACAAGUCUACAAGAAAGGACCAAACACUUGGAAGAGAAGGUUGUGUCCACUUCAGAACUCCACCAGAGAAGUUCUCAAAUUGAAAAAGAGAAUACUGAAUUAAAAUUUGUUGUCACCACACUGCAAGAACAACUUAAUCAGCUGCAUGCUCAAAUGAAUAGUAGUGAAUCUGAAGUACUCGCCGAUGAGAGUGAUACAUGGAAAGAUCAAAAGACCACACCAAGAGAGGACAAAGAAGUUUAUCAGUCGAAAGAUCUAGAAAUGAAUGAAGCACAACAGGAGUUAAUGCAACAAGUGGAGAUUUUGAAGGGAGACAAAAUAAGUGCUCAGAAAAUGAUAGAAGUUCUGAACAAACAGGUGGUGGAGCUGACAUCCCAGAACCAGCAGCUGGACACUGAAAAUGAGGACCUGUGCCACAAAAACUCCAAGAAUCAAGCUGAUGUACUGGAACUGAAGCAGAGGUUGGCUGAACUAAUUCGACAGAAGGAGAAAAAGGCAGAGAAUUUGCAGAAAUGGGAAGAAGAAAAAAUUCAUUUAAUGCAAGAAAUUGAAAAUAGCCAAUUCUUCAAAUGUAACAAAUUGGAAGAUGAAGUCACUGCUUUAAGGCACACAAAUGAAAAGUUGAUAAGAGAGAAAGAAACAUUGAGUGAUGAGGUGAACCGAUGCAUCGAAAAGAUUGCAAAAAUGAACAUUGUGGAGAUGCAGACAGAUAAUUUAAGACAGGAAUGGCAGACUUCACUACAAGAAGUUCAAAAAUUGACUACCCAGCUGAACACAUCGCAAGAACAGGUACAGAGUCUGGAAGAAAGUUUACAAAGUUUCAACCUCCAGACAGCAAAAUUGAAAUCAGACUUUCGUGUAGCUCAACAGGAAAAGGAGGCAUUGAAAAAGGAAGUGAUGUUGUUGCACAAGCAGCUACAGACCACUAAAGACAAGAAUCAGCUACUGGAGCAUAAUUUGCAUUCUGCAGAUUUUCAACACCAGCAGAAAAAGUUCUACCAGGAUAGUCUGGCUCAGCUGGUGGAAGAAGAACAGAGAUUACUACGGGAGGAAAAUGAGAGGCUGCAGAAAGAGGGACAGCACACGAAGGGAGAGCUGCACAUUGCCAGGGAGAAGGUCAAACAACUGGAAUCUGCAAUUUUAACAAUGAAACACCAGAAACACUACACCAAGUCUACCAUGCUUAAAGCUGCUGAACAGGAGAAACUCUGCAUGAAGAGAGAAUAUGAUCAGAUUCAGAAAGAUCUCGCCAGGAAGAUAAGUCUGGUGUCCUCACUUGAACAGGAACUGAAAGUCCUCAAUGUAGAAAAUGAGAUGCUGCGAAAGAAACAGACCAGCCUGGAAAGCCAAUUAGUGGAGACUAAUGACAAGCUGCUCCAGUCAAAGUCAAACCUGACAUUUAGCCAGACACAAAAUCUUCGAGAGCUCCAACAAGUGCGGGAACAGAUCUGUUCCAUGGUGCCUAAAGAACAACUAGUACAACUUCAGGAACGGUUGAACCUCAAGGAAGUUCAAUGUCGUCAACUGCAAGAGCAGCUGGACGUAAAAGCUGCAGAAAGCAGUACUCAGCAGGAGGCAUAUGAGCAACUGCUAAAAAAGAUGGAGGAAAGAAUGCAAGACGUUGAAAAUAAAUUAAGAAAUAUAAAAUUACUGCUCCAGGACAAAGUCAUUCAACUAAAGGAACAACUGUCAAAGAACAUUAAAGCAGAUGAAAUAGUGAAGGAUUUAUACAUUGAAAAUGCUCAACUCCUUAAGGCCCUUGAAAUGUCUGAGCAAAGACAGAAGACAACAGAGAAGAAGAACUACCUGCUUGAAGAAAACAUUGCUGGCCUUAAUAAAAUUCUCAAGGACCUAUCUGCACCAUCGUUGUCUGCAACCUCGACUUGUUAUUCAUCUUAAUUCAUUCUGUAAGUGAAUUAACAAGAGAUGCAGUGCAAAGAAGGACAAAGCUUGAAACACUAAUGCACUUUAUGGAUUGAAUAUUUAUUGAGUGCUUACAUUUUCCAGGACUCCAGUAUGUUAAGGAUUACAGAAAGGAAAAUGGAAAAAGCACCGAACAUUAUGUACAUAAUACUGCCCUAAUGCAGUGGUCUGAACAGCUUGGAGUACUUCAAUCCUCAUUAUUUAGUUUCCAAAGGAAAUUAUGCAUUCAAUGAUCAGAUGUAAACUGACUCAGCAUAUAAAACUGCUGCCUGUAAGUGGGAUAUUUGGUCGAUUAGUUUUCGAACAUUUUAGGCCAAAGACUAAAUACUGUAACUGGGGAGAGAAGAGCCAAUCAAAAGCAGCUGCUGUUUUGCUGUUGCAAAAAAAAUGUGUCUGUAAAUAUGGACAACUUUGCCUUUUGUUUUAUCCAAAGUAUUAAUGUUGAUAAUUUAAAUGUUAAGUAUGCAUUAUUUUUAACUUAUACAGUUUGUAAGCAAGAAUAUAAAUGUGAUACAAUGAAAAAGUUGAUGUAUUCUUGGGAAAAAAUGUAUGUAUUGAUAUUUUAAAUUAUACUAUGCAUAACAAUCCAAUCAAACCUGUCACAGUAUUAGUGUUUCAAUCUUCUGGAAAGCUCAUUAACAUGCAAAAUUGCAAGGAAUGUCAUAUUACCUGAUAUUUAAUUUUGUACAAAAUAAACAUUAUUGCAUAUAGAAAACAAUCUUUC